GACGCGACGGCUUUGAUGUCGCUGCCAAUGAAUUCGCUGUAUUCGCUCACCUGGGGCGAUUACGGCACCAGCCUCGUAUCGGCCAUCCAAUUGUUGCGCUGCCAUGGCGACCUCGUCGAUUGCACGCUGGCCGCCGGCGGGCGGAGUUUUCCCGCCCACAAGAUUGUCCUAUGCGCCGCCUCCCCCUUUCUACUGGAUUUGCUCAAGAAUACACCAUGCAAGCAUCCAGUAGUAAUGUUGGCCGGCGUGAAUGCCAACGAUCUGGAGGCGUUGCUGGAGUUUGUGUACCGCGGCGAGGUGAGCGUGGACCACGCUCAGCUGCCGUCGCUUCUGCAGGCCGCCCAGUGCCUCAACAUCCAGGGACUGGCUCCGCAGACAGUGACCAAGGACGACUACACCACGCACUCGAUCCAGCUACAGCACAUGAUCCCGCAACACCACGACCAGGACCAACUGAUUGCCACGAUUGCCACGGCCCCACAGCAGACGGUGCACGCCCAGGUGGUGGAGGACAUCCAUCACCAGGGCCAGAUCCUUCAGGCAACGACCCAGACCAACGCAGCAGGACAACAGCAGACCAUUGUGACCACGGACGCGGCUAAACAUGACCAGGCAGUAAUUCAGGCAUUCCUCCCGGCACGCAAGCGCAAACCGCGCGUUAAGAAAAUGUCACCUACGGCUCCGAAAAUAAGCAAAGUUGAAGGAAUGGACACGAUCAUGGGCACACCAACCUCCUCACACUCUGGAUCCGUGCAGCAGGUGCUCGGCGAAAAUGGAGCCGAAGGCCAGCUGCUAUCAUCCACACCGAUCAUUAAGAGCGAAGGACAAAAGGUAGAGACAAUUGUGACUAUGGACCCCAACAACAUGAUACCGGUAACUUCGGCCAAUGCGGCAACUGGCGAGAUCACGACGGCACAGGGAGCCGCAGGCUCAUCCGGAGGCAACACGAGCGGCGGAACAUCCACGCCAAAGGCUAAACGCGCUAAACAUCCGCCCGGAUCAGAAAAACCCCGUUCCCGGUCGCAAUCGGAACAACCUGCUACGUGCCCCAUUUGCUAUGCUGUCAUUCGUCAAUCGCGGAACCUGCGGCGCCAUCUCGAGCUGCGGCACUUUGCCAAGCCGGGCGUGAAGAAGGAGAAGAAAAGUAAGUCCGGUAACGAUACCACCCUAGACUCCAGCUUGGAGCUGAACACCACGGCAGAGGGCGACAACACAGUGGGCAGUGAUGGACCAGGCGGAGCGGGAUCAGCAGGAGGAGCAUCAUCCGCAACCAGUGGCAAAAAGUCUAGCAACGGAUCCAGCGGCUCGGGAUCGGGUGGCAGUGGGCCACUGAGCUCCAGCGGCAGUGUGCCCCAGGUGCAGACGGUGCAGUCCCUGCACACGCUGCAAGGUGUACAGGUCAAAAAAGAUCCAGAUGCCCAACAGCAGCAACAGCAACAGCAGCAGCAGCAACAACAGCAGCAACAGCAACAACAGCAGGCAAUGGCUGUGGGCGGCUCGGCGGGCGGACAAGUGCAACAGCAACAAGUGCAGCAGGUGCAGCAGCAGCAAGUCCAGCAGCAGCAGCAGCAACAGUUACAACAUCACCAAAUCAUAGACGCCUCGGGCAACAUAACAACGGCAACGACGAGCGCUCAAGCGGCGGCUGCCGCUCAACAACAGGCGGCCGGUCAACAACAACAACUAGUGGCUCAAUCCGCCGAUGGCAGCGAAAGUGGAGCACCGCUUUCGAUUGCCCAGGUGCAGACGCUGCAGGGUCAUCAGAUCAUAGGCAAUUUAAAUCAGGUGAAUAUGACUGACUUCCAACAACAACAACAGCAGCAGCAGCAGCAACAACAGCAGCAACAGCAACAACAACAACAACAACAGCAGCAGCAACAGCAAACACAACCACAACAGACGCUCUGAUCGGACCGCAAUCGUAGAUCCACCAUGUACUAUUCUAUAUAAUUAUUGUUAAUUUGGGUUUUUGCUAAGCGCUUUAAAUAUUCUCUCGGCGGAAUGCGUAGACAAAUUCUAAAUUAAUUGGAAAGAGCCAAAAUAUGGUACCUUUAGUUGUUUACAAUUUUGUUAUACAAUUUUUAUGACUUUAAAUGUUGAUUUCCCCUUAUACAAUUAAUUUUGUUGCUAUUAGCUAUGCUUAAAUGCGCUAUGGUUAUUGGUAAUUGUGUGCAUAUCUUAUAGUUUCACUAAUGUCCCAAUGCUGGAGGAUCUCAAGUCGGAUUGAAAUCCUUCAGAUCAGUGAAAGUCGAUUGAUCGCAGGCCCUCUUGUUCAUCAACAGAUUUUGGCCUCGAGCAAUUGCGCCUUGUCUCGGAAGCAAUAUAGUUAAAUAUAAAUACACUUAGGUAGCUUAAAAAAAAAUUUUGAUUUACAACAAUCUACUUAAGUAGCUCAAAUGAGAGCUCGCUCAAGAGGGUUUCCAAAUAACCCCAAUCUGUGUCUGCCCACCAACAACCACUCAAUUAAUCAAUCAAUCCCUUACACUUUCUGGCUUUUGUUUUUUAUUUAAGAACUCUGUGCUUUAAGUUUUAAUCAAAACAAUUUAAUAUGUAUAUUUCAUAAUUUAAAUAGUUGAAAAUUUUUCUUUAUUUUUAGACCCUUUGCAAUAAUUUGGAUAAAUGGAAUAUAACUUUUCGCAAUAUUGAUUUAAUUAUGUAAAUUGAAACGCAAGGAUAUAUUCCAUCUACCUGAAGUUGUCAACUUAUUGUUAGUCUUUUUAAAUACUUAAAUAAAAUAUAAUUUUAUUUAAAACCAAAAAAAAAAAAAUCAAGUAAAAUAAACCAACAACU